ACGUUGGUCUUUGACAUUUCACAAUUCACAAAUCACAAAAGGAGAUCAUCAAAAUUAAAACUUUGCAAUAUUUUUUUUAAACUUUUCGUGAUUUUGAUUUAAAAAUGAAUUUAGAAUUAUUAUUAUCCCAUUUGCUAACCCUGCAAAGCAAUGCUGCAGUGAUAAGCAAUGAUCUCAAUAGACGUAUUCUUUUAUACAGGAAAAAACGUCAACAAUGUUUACUAAACAUUUUACGAGCCUAUAAUAAAAAACAAGCAUUACUGAAGACCAAGAGAAUCGUUUGGACAAAAACGCGUACUAGUAAAUUUUGGAAAGAAGACAUACCCAAAAACGACGACCAAUUUUUCAAAGAAAACUUUCGAACUACAAGGGAAAAUUUUGAAAUUCUGUGUUUCCAUCUUCGAAACUUAAAAAAAAAUGACACCCAAUUUAGGAAGUCCAUACCACUUCCUAAAAGAAUAGCGAUAGCCUUGUAUACACUCGGUUCCUCCGCAGAAUACCGAAGCGUUGCAAAUCUUUUCGGAGUGGGAAAGUGCACCGUCGGCAACAUUUUACAUGAAUUCUGUGAGGAGGUUUGGAAGGUGCUACAUCCAAUCUAUUUAUCUGCAUACCCACUCACUGAAGAUAAAAUAAAAGAAAACGUUGAGGGGUUUUCAAAGUUAGGCUUUCCGCAAUGCUUCGGGGCUAUAGAUGGUUGUCACAUAGAGAUUCGACCCGCCGCUGAAAAUGCAAUAGACUACUACAACUACAAGGGUUGGUAUUCAACCGUAUUACUAGCUGUUGUUGACUACAGAUACAGAUUUCUCUACAUCAGUGUUGGCAGUCCCGGGCGUUGUAACGACUCUUCAAUUUUCGAAAACUCAUCCUUGAAAGUGCACCACCAGGAUCCAAUACUCAAGGCAAUGUCAAAAAACUUAUGCGAUGUGAAUGUACCACCAGUCGUCCUUAUUGGAGAUUCGGCUUUUAGAUUUUCCGACAUUUUGAUGAAACCGUAUCCAUAUAGUACGUCUCUGACACCAAGACAGAAAAAUUUCAAUUUUCAUCUUUCCAAGAGUAGAAGAGUGGUUGAAAAUGCUUUCGGUCACCUGAAAGCCAGAUUUCGACGAAUUGGAAAGGGGUUGGACAACCACAUUGAGAACACAAAUCUCAUUAUAAAAUCCUGUUGUGUACUUCAUAAUUUUUUAAACUCGCAUAGUGAUGAAAUUAAUUCUCAGUGGUUGCAACGCUCAACGGAAGCUACAACAAGGGAACAACCAGAGUUCAAUUCCAUCAUAAAUGAUACAAACCCAACUGCAAACAACAUCAGGAAUGCAAUAAGUAAUUACUUAGGUCUUGGCAUGGAUGAACUGGAUGAGGGCCCUGGACCUUCUAAUACUGAUAGAAGAAUUUCUUCUACGUCCUCAGUCUCAUCAGAAUCAGCAGCCUCCUCCAAUGACUGAGAACAAUGAGGCUCUUAAAUGAGAAAACAUUUAUUCAAUAAUUUUUUUUAAUAAAAUAAAAUAAUAUUGUUUUGCCUA